AUGUUCCCCGGACAGAGAAAACGCGGCUGGCGACAAUGCUUGGCUGAUAGCUACGAAAAGAAAUACGGGCCUCUCGAUGACCCAGUCCCGACCUUCGGCGCCAAAUUGGUGACAUUUCCAUCGACGCCCACUCUACCCAUGUGCUUCGCCACACCUGACCCCGACUUCCUCGAGCAACUUGAUCGACUUCUCCACGCCAUCGAACCCAACCCAGUACCCAAAUGCCUGCAGCGCUCGCCCUUUUAUGAGUCAGCGGUAGAGAUGAGCUGUUCUGACAACGACACCGACGAUGAACCCAGCGAAAGCAUGCGGGAAUUGAUGCGCGAGGUGAGGGUGCGCAUGUAUGCCAAAAUUGGUAUAGACAUUAUCGCUGUUGAGGCUAGGCGACAAGAGCGACGAGAACGAAGAGCGCAAAGACGCCAGGCGAGGGAAGAAAAAGCCGAAGCCAGCGCGGCCAGAUUGGACAACACCAAGCCGGCGCUGCACGAUCAUGCUAUCAAGCCCUCCAGCAACACCACUGAAGCAGACGCAGAUGUACACCAGGCCAAGAACCAGAAGCGAAAGCGCCAAACAGAGGACGAGGAAGAUCAGCCCCAACGCAAGGUCGCCAAACCCAGCGAGACAACCGCCGCUCGACCAAGGCGACGAAUUGGACCGUCGUUCAAGCCGCAAGCUUCAUACAGUCCUCCACAAACACCUUCGCCUACUAAAAGAGAAGAUACACAGGGACAAGCUGGGUCGCCGUCAUCUCCCGAGUCUCUUGUCGCACAACAACCUACACCCGAGGUUGACAACUCUUCAUGCUACUUGAAGCUCGGGAGGGGUCAGGAAUUGCCAAUUGCAGUAGCGGAAUUAUCACCAGGAUGA